ACCAGUUGUUCAAUCUCCAAGGCUCUUGCAGACGGCCCCCAUCCCACCAAAGCCACCUGCACCCAGCGAACUGACACCAGAAAAUGCAGAAUAUACACUGCGGAGGAGACUGUGGCUUCAAUCAAAGCUUCUGAGCGUUGGCAAACAAAUGGGCCAGAGACAAAGAAAAGACGCAAUGUGAAUGGUGUCACCAACAGUGAUCGCACACCAACCAAUAAAGUACACCCCGCUCGUGCAGGUUCAACGUCCUUAUCACUCGACGGACUUCCAAGUCAUAUUGAUGCCGCAACAUUCCUUCGGUCAUUUUCAAACGGAAGCUCGAACUCAGCUCCCCCAACGUCGCACAUCGAACACAUGGCUUGCCCAAUGUGCGGGAAGGCUAGCGCUGACACUUUAAUGAUGAGCCAAAUUAAUAGUAGCUUUGAUGGCUCGCCUAACUGAUCUCCUCUCGUCGUCCCUCCUGGUGCUCUUGCUGCUGCGGCAUUCGCGCCCGCGAAGAACUAAGGUUGCUCAAGGCUCAGGUCCAAGAUGUCGCUCGUGUGCGUAACGCUAUGGCCAGAGGUGACUUAUCCCAGAAAAUUACGGUUUCUGUGCAGGGCGUGGUCAUGGUUUAAUUGAAGGACAUCAUCAAUACUAUGGUAUUUGUCCACAAUCUUAUCUCAAGAUCUUGCUCAUGCAUAUCAUUACCAGGUCAAUAAAUUGGGACUGUU